GGUGGGCGGCGUGUGUGGCACGUGGAGGAGACUGCUACUCCUUGGGGCCUCUCCAGACUGUCUGGAAAACCGUCUGUUCGUGCCCUCGGCCACUUGGGGUCCCACAGGGCUCGGCUGCUCUGGACUGCAAUCCCGGCAGACCUGGGGACCCCACACGCUGUCAGCUGGGGGACGCCCACCUUGUGGUGGUAUGCCUGGUGCCACCGUGGCUCAGGUGACAGACGCUGUGACUGUGCUGACGCUGUUUGUGCUGACUCUAUGGCUGACCCUAUGUGGUCACCCUGGUUGAGGUGACGCUGUGGCUGAGGUGACAAUGCAGAUGAGGUGUCACUGUGGCUAAGGUGAUGAAAGACACUGUGACUGAGGAGUGCUGUAGCUGAGGUGUCACUGUGGCUGAGGUGACAAUGUGGAUGAGGUGACACUGGCUGAGGUGACAAUGUGGGUCACAGCUCAGGCAGCCGCCCCCCCCACCUGAUUCCCACCUGAGCCUCCCCCGUUUCAGGAGGGCUUCUCACUGGUGGGGAGCACACGCUGGCUGAAGAUCGCGCAGCGGGGGGACUGCCUGCUCUUCGGGAGCACCGUCAAGGACCGAAGCCGCAUGUUCCGGGUGCAGUUCAGCAGGGGCCCCGGGGUGUCGGCGCUGGGCCAGUGCAGCAGCUGUGUGCGGAGCCUGGAGGAGUUCACGGCCGUGCAGGGGUGCGGCGAGGGGGCGCCCGGGGGGGCCUGCACUCUCAGCCCCCCACCGGCCCGGCCACCCCGGGGCCUAGAGCAGCAGGCUGAUGCGGAGACCUGGCCAAGGACCUCAGUGACCGGGCUGGCGCAGGCCCUGCUGGCGGCGGAGGAGCUGCCGCUGCCCUGUGAGCGCUCGGCCUGGGCCUCCGGGGAGCUGGGCCCCUUCCUGCGCCUCUGCCUGCUGGACCAGAACUUCCCGGCCUUCGUGGAGGAGGUGGAGCGGGAGCUCCGGGCACUGGUGGGCGGUGGCGGGCGUCCUGCUUGAGGACACGCCCGGUGGAGCGCACAGACACCAGAAUAAACAGCGGGUUCCGAGCA